AUGAAGGGAGAAAUAGCAAAUAUCUACCAACAUAGCACUUACAGUUACCUCUGGUUAAGAGACAACUGUCCUUGCGAACAAUGUCUUCACCCUUCCAGCCGACAAAAGCUUCAUUCUUCUGCCGAUAUUCCUCUGGAUAUUAAGCCCGUGGAUGCCCAAAUUAUUGGUCAAGAAGCUCAAAUUACAUGGGAUCAACCCCUUCGACAACGUCAACAAGAAUCAGCUCACGUAAGCCGUUUUCCUCUCGAAUUUUUGAAGCGCUAUCAGUCUAAACAAGCCAGCCAAGAAUUCCGGUUUGGUCAUCUUAAGCCUCAGACAUGGGAUGCAAGUCAAUAUAAAUUGAAUUGGAUAUCAUACGAUGAUUAUAUGAACACAGAGGAGGGCCUAAAUACAGUUGUUCAACGCUUGUAUAACACAGGACUUGUGUUUUUAGAAAACGUCCCUUUAAAGGACGAAGCUGUCACUCAAGUAGCAGAGAGAAUUGGUCCUAUUCAAGAGACAUUUUAUGGCCGAGAUUUUGAUGUCAAGAAUGUAGCUAAGUCUAUCAAUAUUGCUUACACUAGUUUAUACCUAGGAUUCCAUAUGGAUCUUAUGUACAUGGACAGCCCACCUGGUAUUCAACUCUUACAUAGCUUAAAAAACAGUGUCACUGGUGGUGCUAGUAUUUUUGUUGAUUCUUUCCGUGCUGUGGAACUCUUGAAGGACAAAUAUCCUGAAGAUUAUGAAAUUCUCAAGAAAACACCUGUCACAUUCCAUUACUUGAAUAAUGGCCAUCACAUGUAUUACAAGAGACCUACUAUUGUGACUAAUGAACCGCACAGUGGACCUGCAUGGGACAGCCAUGUUAACUAUGCACCUCAAUUUCAGGGCCCUAUGGAUGAUUUAUCACCUGAAGAUGCCAAGAAAUUCUAUGGCGCUUUUCAGAAAUUUGCUGAUUUUAUUGAACAAGAUUCUCUUCGUUAUCAAUUGACUCUACAGCCAGGACAAUUAGUCAUGUUUGCCAAUAGACGGGUUUUGCAUGGACGUACUUCUUUUGACCCUAGCAGUGGUGAUAGACAUUUAAAGGGUACCUAUCUCAACUUGGAUUCCUUGAAAGAUAAACUGAGAGUAUUGAGUGCUCAAUAUGGAUACAAUCCCAAAGCUUAA